AUGGGUCGUAUGCAUGGUACUUUAGCUAAAGCCGGUAAGGUGAGAAAAUAAACACCAAAAGUUGAUAAAAAACAAAGAGCUAAAAAAAUCCCUAAAGGAAGAGCUUAAAAAAGAAUUAUUUAUUCAAGAAGAUAUGCUCCACACAUUUUAGCAGUUGAUCCCAAGAAAAGAAAAAGUCCUAACUGGCAUGCUGGUAGAAAAGAUUUAAUCGAAGGAGCAGCAGCAGCAGCUAAAAAAUGAGAAAUAAUUUGUUUUUUUAGAAAUAAAGAAAAUAUAUAUAAAUAAUAAUACUAAAUAUAUAGUUAAAUAAAAUUCAGUUUUUUUUUUUUUUUUUAUUAUGUUUGCUAUAUUAAUUUAGUUUUUAUUUAAAUUU